GGGAUAGGAAAAGGGGGGUGAAACUCGAAGACGACGGUGGGAAGGGGCGGGAGUAGGCGGAGGGCCGGGGGGGGAAGGGGCAGCCAUAGGAGGGCGGGAUGAUGAUGACCGGGACAGCCUCUGUGCGGAGUGGUGGCGGUGCUGCUGCUGUGCGCGGCACUGCGCAUUAUUGCGCCGUUGCGGCGGCGGCAACUGUGGCGCGAUCGGGGUCGGGGAUUCGCACCGCUGCCACCGCCAAAAAUCUAAUGUCUGCUUCAUUGUCCUGCUCGAGCUCAUCUUGCCACGUGGCAUUCUCUCCCUCUCCCUCUCCAUCUCCCUCUCCUUCUCCCUCUUCUUCUUCUUCUUCUUCUUCUUCUUCUUCUUCUUCUUUUGUUCUUCCACGAUGGUGGAAGGGGGUAAGAGCAGCAGCAGCAGCAGCAGCAGCAGGAGGAGGAGGAGGAGGAGGAGGAGGAGGGAGUUGGAUAUUGCGAAAUGGUGGUCGAAUCUGUGUGACGGGGGGAGUAAAGCAGCCGAACCUCCUGAGCGGGUUGCGUAGGCAUGGUGGGAAAUCGCAUGUGGCAAUGGGAGGCAGAGGAGUAAUGGCAGUGAAGCCGCGCCUACCUCCUCUAUCCCUGUCUGCCACGUUGGCAGUGCCUCAGCUUUUGAAAGGAGGCGAUGCUGUGGUUGCGGCGGAGACAGGGAGCGGGAAAACGCAUGCGUACCUUGUGCCGCUGAUCCAGCGCAUCCUGGCAGAUCGAGCGGCUAAGGGCAAGUCAUCUGGUAGCACUCUUCUCCGCUCAGCGAACAACAUGCCAGCGGAGGCCUCGCUGCCAACCCAGCUCACGACGAAGACGACUAACCUGUCCCCUCGUGGGACUGCUCAUCCGGUUGCUGAGCACGCGCUGGCUGAAGAUGGGUCGAAGGAUCACACGGAGGAGCUGCGCAGACGUAGAGAUUACCGUUAUGGGUUUGCGCUUGUGCUGUGUCCAAACUUGUUGUUAACGCAACAAGUGGCAAGUAUGGCGAACAGUUUGACUGAUGCGAAUGGGAGGCCGCUGAUCGCGACCGCCAUCAUUGCAGGAGGGGAGGGUUUCCCGGCGAUGCCUCCCGACCUUGUUGUUGCCACUCCAGCUAGCCUUUUGAAUCACCUCUUCGCAUAUGAUCCUCGUCAACGGCGGCGUACUGCUUUCAUCCGAGACCUUCGCUACAUGGUGGUGGACGAGGCAGAUAUGUUGUUGUCUGGAGGUUUUGAGAGGGACGUCAACAAGCUCCUUUUGCUUUGCCGGCGGCAGGAGAGAGAGAUGGCGAUUCUUAUUUCUCAGUCAGUUUCAGGCCACAAGCAGAUUGCUGACAAUGCACAAGGUCCCGUGGAGGAGCAAGAGGAGGAGGAGGAGGAGGAGGAAGAGGGGGAUUUAAGUGCUCAGCCAUGGACGGACUUCCCGAUGGAUGAAUCAGAAGCGCAAGAGCAAGAGAGUGCCAUCAGUGAUGUCCCAAGAGGGAAGUCUGGUGAUCAGAUAUCGCAAGAGAGUGUUGUUGACGGCAGUGAAGAAGAGAGAGACGAAGAGGAUAUUUCGAGGGGUUGGGAUGGCGAAGAUGAUGAUGAAGAUGUCAGCAGGAAGGACAACUCCGUGAAGUCAAAGAGGCAAAAGAAGCCGAAAGUCUACCAAAGGAGCAAGGAUUACAUUUUUGUUGCAGCCACAUUGUCUGAAAGAAGUAAGAAAUCUCCUGGAGGAGUCAUAAGGGAUCGGUUUCCGAAUGCGACACGAAUCACCGGAAAUCUUCUKCAUUGUCAUAAUCCCAACCUACAACUAAGAUGGUUAAAGGUGGACAGCGAUUCGCGGAUCGCCGCCCUUGUUGAUGCCAUUGUGCGAACAGGAAAUGGAGGUGGCGAGUGCAGAUCUGAGGAGGGUGAGCGUGAGCAUGGUGCUGGUGUGGCCAGUGGUGGCAACCAGCUACACUCCCGUCACAAACUCAAAGCAAUGAGGAUCAUGGUGUUUGCGAAUAGCGUGGAGGCCGUCGAAGGCAUCGGGAGAGUCUUGCGUAGGAGGGGUGUGGACUGCUCGUGCUACCACAAGGGCGUUCCCGCUCAAGACCGAACACUCGUACUGCAUGACUUCGCUGAGAAAGGAGGAGUCCUGAUUUGUACCGAUGUAGCGUCACGUGGCCUGGACAUUCCAGAAGUUGCGCACGUGGUUCAGGCGGAGUUUGCGACAUCUGCUGUCGAUUUCCUACAUCGAGUUGGAAGAACUGCUCGAGCAGGGAAAGCAGGCAUGGUCUCCAGUCUGUAUACGGAAAUGGAUGAACCUCUUGUUCAAGCUGUUCGAGGUGCAAUUGAACACCAGCAACCUGUGGUAUGACACACCAUCCACCCAUGCCAAAAUCAGUGCUGCAGAGCUGA